AUGAUCUGCGACUGCUGGCAAGUACGGAAUGGCGAUGGAGCUCCAAACUACACUGAAGAUUGCCUUGCAUGCGGUACAAACAAGAAGGCCAACAUUGAGAAUGCUGCGGCAAAGAUCGCUGCUGCUUCAAAGCAAGGUGCAGAGAUCAUCGUGCUUCCGGAGUGUUUCAACUCUCCGUAUGGAACGAAAUAUUUCCCGGAAUAUGCAGAGAAUGUCAUUGAAGGUGGUCAGUCAGAAACUGCUCUUAUGCUAUCAACAGCUGCUCGAGACAAUAAGGUCUUCAUCGUCGGAGGAUCUUUCCCGGAAAAGGAGGGCGAGAAGAUAUACAACAGUUGCUACAUCUUCAACCGCGACGGCGAUAUGGUUGCAAGGCAUCGCAAAGUGCAUCUCUUCGACAUCGACAUUCCUGGCAAGAUAACUUUCAAGGAGUCUGACACCCUCUCGCCUGGAGAUUGUCCUACCAUUGUAGAUCUCUCUGAACAUGGCGGGCCACCAGUUCGCAUGGGAAUCGGAAUUUGUUAUGACAUUCGCUUUCCUGAGCUUGCUCUGCUAUAUCGGCAUCUCGGUUGUAGCAUGCUCGUUUACCCAGGAGCAUUCAACAUGGUCACUGGACCCGCUCACUGGGAGCUGCUUCUGAGGGCUCGCGCUGUGGAUACCCAGUCUUUCGGGAUUGUUUGUUCCCCAGCAAGGGACGAGUCUGCAGACUACAUCGCCUGGGGACACUCGAUGAUUGUCGACCCAUGGGGGGAAAAGCUCGGUGAACUGCAGGAGAAAGAAGACAUCUUGAUGGUAGACUUGGAUCUUACGCAGCUUGCCAAGGUGGUUUCUCGCCGCCAGAACAUGCCAUAUUGGUUGCAGAGGCGACAGGAUAUCUACAAGUUGUCUUCUCCGUUUAUGCCGGAAAAGAAGCCAAGCCCGGACAAGUGA